UAGGCGACGCUCGGGAGCCGCGCGGGCCGCAGAGACCCGGCGCCAUGGCGGAGCGUGGAGAGCCUGGAGUUCGGCAGGCGGACUUCGUGCUUGCUGGACUUCGUCUCCAUGCCGAGUUCAUGGCCAACCUGCGGCUGCGAUUUGAUAAAGGACGGAUCUAUACAUUUAUUGGUGAAGUGGUGGUUUCUGUGAACCCUUACAAAAACUUGAACAUUUAUGGUCGUGACGUGAUUGAGCAGUACAAAGGACGGGAGUUAUAUGAGAGGCCCCCUCAUCUCUUUGCAAUUGCUGAUGCUGCUUACAAGGCCAUGAAGAGACGAUCAAAAGAUACCUGCAUUGUAAUAUCAGGUGAGAGUGGGGCUGGGAAAACUGAGGCCAGUAAAUACAUUAUGCAGUACAUAGCAGCCAUCACCAAUCCCAGUCAGAGAGCAGAGAUUGAAAGAGUGAAGAACAUGUUGUUGAAAUCCAACUGUGUGUUAGAGGCCUUUGGCAAUGCCAAAACCAACCGUAAUGAUAACUCCAGCAGAUUUGGAAAAUACAUGGAUAUCAACUUUGAUUUCAAAGGAGACCCGAUAGGUGGACAUAUCAAUAACUAUUUACUAGAAAAGUCCCGAGUGAUUGUGCAGCAGCCAGGAGAACGAAGCUUUCACUCUUUUUAUCAGCUUCUCCAGGGAGGUUCUGAUCAGAUACUACGCUCUCUACAUCUUCAGAAAAAUUUCUCUGCAUACAACUAUAUUCGGGCCGGAGGGCAGUUAAAGUGUUCCAUCAAUGAUGGUGCAGAGUUCAAAGCAGUGGCAGAUGCUAUGAAAGUGAUAGGCUUCAAACCAGAGGAGGUUCAAACUGUCUACAAAAUUUUGGCUGCCAUUCUUCAUUUGGGGAAUUUGAAGUUUUCAGUGGAUGGCGACACACCUGUGAUUGAAAAUGGUAAGGUCGUGUCGGUAAUUGCAGACUUGCUGUCAACAAAGUCUGACAUGGUGGAGAAGGCCCUGCUUUUUCGAACUGUAGCUACAGGCCGGGAUGUCAUUGACAAGCAGCACACAGAGCAGGAAGCCACCUAUGGCAGAGAUGCUUUUGCAAAGGCUAUAUAUGAGCGCCUUUUCUGUUGGAUUGUCACACACAUCAAUGACAUCAUUGAGGUGAAGAACUAUGACACCACAAUCCAUGGGAAGAACACAGUCAUUGGAGUCCUGGAUAUCUAUGGCUUUGAGAUCUUUGACAACAACAGUUUUGAACAGUUCUGCAUUAAUUAUUGCAAUGAAAAGCUGCAGCAGCUUUUUAUUCAGCUAGUUCUAAAGCAAGAACAAGAGGAGUACCAGCGAGAGGGGAUUCCCUGGAAUCAUAUUGAUUAUUUCAACAACCAGAUCAUUGUGGAUCUGGUGGAACAGCAGCACAAAGGGAUCAUUGCCAUUCUGGAUGAUGCCUGCAUGAAUGUGGGAAAAGUCACCGAUGAGAUGUUCCUUGAGGCACUGAAUAACAAACUGGGGAAACAUGCUCAUUUCUCCAGCAGAAAGGUUUGUGCGACAGACAAGAUCCUGGAGUUUGAUAGAGACUUUCGGAUUAAGCACUACGCAGGAGACGUUAUAUAUUCAGUCACAGGAUUUAUUGACAAAAACAAGGACACUUUAUUCCAAGACUUCAAACGCCUAAUGUAUAACAGCUCCAAUCCUGUGUUGAAGAUGAUGUGGCCUGAAGGUAAAUUGAGUAUCACAGAAGUGACCAAGCGACCCUUGACUGCUGCUACCCUUUUUAAGAACUCCAUGAUUGCACUAGUAGACAACCUGGCAUCUAAGGAGCCAUAUUAUGUCCGAUGCAUUAAGCCCAAUGAAAAGAAGUCAUCACAGCUGUUUGAUGAAGAACGCUGCAGGCAUCAGGUGGAAUACCUUGGACUUCUGGAGAAUGUCAGGGUCCGAAGGGCAGGAUUUGCCUACCGCCAAACAUAUGAAAAGUUUCUUCACAGGUACAAGAUGGUCUCAGAAUUUACUUGGCCAAACCAUGACCUCUCUUCAGACAAAGAAGCUGUGAAGAAAUUGAUUGAGUGCUGUGGGUUUCAGCAUGAUGUAGCCUAUGGGAAGACCAAGAUUUUCAUACGAACUCCACGGACACUCUUCACCUUGGAGGAACUGCAUGCCAAGAUGCUUGUUAGAAUUGUCCUCUUCCUACAGAAGAUGACCAUGUGCUGA